GCAACUUAUAUUCUUACAUCUAAACUCAAUAAUGAACACAUCAAAAAUUGUUUUGAUUAUACUUCUUUUUGUGGCUGUUGGUUCAAAAGCCACAGUGUCCAGCAGAAGAAGAGGUCCAAUAAAAUUAACUGAAAUUAUAUGCCGAAGAUGUUGGCAGAAAAUGUUUUCUUAUUGUCAAGGUGCAGUUCACAUGGUUAAACGAAGUGUCAAUUCCGAAACUCAGAAGUAUAAAGACAUAUCAGCAAAUAUUCAAAGGUCAUCUGACUCUGCCAAUCAAUUAUGGUUAUCUCGAGUAAGAAGAGAAAUAUACUCACGCAGAAGGAGAGGAGUAAUUCGACGUCACAUCAGAGUUCAAAUUAGAAGUUGUCAAGUAUGCAGAGAACUUUGUUUCUACUGAACAUCAAAUCUUCAAGCUGAAAUAUGAAUAGACAUCGCACAUAUUUAUCAAAAAUUAUUUAUAUACCUAAAGUAUAAUAUUGUAUUUAUUCUUGGAGAAAGGUACAAUGAAAUUAAAUUCACAUAAAACAGACAAUUAAUUCAUUCAUGUGUUUUACUCACAUUGAAAGUAAUGACAAAAGAACAGAGAAGUAAAAACACAAACAACAUACCAUACUGUUUUGGUGACAAAAUAUUAAAUGCAUUGAGUUUAAAUUGCUGCUGAUUUUGGUCCUCAAAUCGUGCUUGCUAUCAUUUUAUCUAAAUGCAUUGUUUCGAAUAUUUUAUAUAUUUAUUAUUUUAUAUAUUUUUUCGUCAAAUAAUAACAUAAUUUUUAUAUCUCAUUAAUUUAUUCAUGAAAGAAUAUAUUUAUUCCGAGCACUGUCAUAUUGUUUAUUUUUUCGUUUUAAUUUUCUAUUUUGCUAUUUAAAGAGCAAUAAAAUAUAUGAGAA